AUGUCUUUGAAUUCGUAUAUUCCCAAUAUUUAUAUCAUCGGCCCUCAGUCCACAGGCAAGACAACGCUCGUCAACAAGCUAAAGGCCGAUCUAGAGCACUGGCUGGCCGACUCAGCAAUCGAUAAGCCACAAAUCGUCUCCGAAGUCGCAAGAACUGUUCUCGCAAAACAUAAAUAUUCGGCUGAAGAUAUACAAACCUCAACUACCAGGUGCUUUGAACUUCAACAGCUCAUUCUCGAAGCGCAAGCAGCAGCCGAGAAGGAAGCUCUCAAGACCUCGAGCUGGUUCAUCUCCGACCGUUCCGGGCUCGACCCAUUAGUCUACGCAAAACGAUAUGCCGCACCUGAUGCUGUUGAACGGUUGAAGCAUCUCCCAGUCUGGAAAGCAGUCAAGGCAAGAAUGGAAAGCUCUCUGAUCGUGGUUUGCGAAGCGGGUACGCCGUGGCUGUUGGACGAUGGCGUGCGACUGAUGCCUGGGAGCGACCAACAAUGGAUGCAGCUUUUUCACGAUUUUUGCCAACUAUUGGGUGAGGUUGGUUUGGAGUACUGUGUGGUGCCGCGAACGGUGUUGGAUCUUUCAGACCGGGCAGAGUUUGUAUGGGCGAGGUGGACUGAGAGACGGCGAUCUUUGAAGGACAAUAGUCCACAGUACAAGGAUAAAACAACGUGGGUCUCAUCAGAUCAAUGA